UCAAAUUAGUUAACUGUACUUUUCUACACAAAUAUAGAGUGUAAUGAACUUGUUAAGCAGAGAUUACUAAAGAUAUUAUGUUUUUGAAGUGAAGGGGCGGGGCAUAUUCAAACUCAGUCCUGCUGCAACAUGCACCGUGGCAAGUUCAACGACUCCUGACUGGUCCGUGUGAAGAUGCAGUGGAAGUGCAAAUACUGAUUCUUUGAGAGCUUUGGAGUGGACAAGUUCUGCAGGUUCUGCAUGGCAACGAGGAGUGAGAUCCAAGACAAGGAGAUGGCAGCACACCAGAAGAUGACCUUGAGAGUAAUUUUCACAGAGACAGAUAUAAGAAAGGUUGUUCUGAAUACAAGACCUACUACAGUGGAGGAUUUGAUAGGCAAGCUUAAAGAAUCACUGGGACUUAAUUUCAACUUCAGUCUCCAGUACCAAGAUCCUGAAUUCAAUUAUGAAGUGUGCAAUCUGACAGAUAUCGAAGAUCUUCCUGAAAAACCAACAGUCAAGGUCAUCCCUCUACUUGAGUUGGUAUCUGUCUCAACAUCUGAAGAAAUUUUGAGUGGCACACCCAGUGUAGCAGAUACAGAGAUCCUCUCUACAUCCUCGCAGGAGCGACAGAAACAGUGGCCAGAUUGUUUUGAUAUCCCAGAUUUUUCUGUUGAUGUAGCAUAUAGACUUAGGCAAGCAGAUCUUCAGUUUCUUCGUGAUGGUACGCACCUGAAAGUAACAAAAGAGCUGAAACAUGAGAUUCUUGAAAGAUUGGCAGAGAGCAUGUAUAGUUACACAGCAUACCCAAAUAAUGCUCAGUUCGAAAGUGUUGCACAAGCCCUCAUAAGCAAGCACCCCUCUCUCCAGGAGCGAGGCUCAACCAGUCGCUGUAGCGGCUGGAAAAAUAGUCUAAAAUUUAAAAUGGCUAAUUACAGAACAAAGCGCAGAAGAUCAGGGUGCCUUGAUGUAGCAGUAAAUGCAGGGAAACGAGGAGGGCAUUCAACUGAAGGAGAACCAGCCAACAAGAACAUCAAGAAGGCAAAGAAAGGCGAGAUCAACUUCUUACCCAACUUUCCAGACGGAUUUAAUCAGGUAGCCCUUGAGGGUGCCCGCAAAGACUUGGUUAAUGAAAUGCAGAAGAGAACACCAAAUGGACAGCUUGUAAAAGAGAAGAUGGAUCUGACGUUUGCAUUGAGAAGAAAAGAGGUGGUGGAGUCAGAACCUGCCGUAUGUGAGAUGGUGGAACGUUGGCCUGCUCUUUUCACAGAAGAUCAGGUAUGCAUGGAGUUCAACAGGAUUGUUGGCAAGAAUCUCAAACAGGAAUUCUAUGAGAGCAUUGAUCGGCACAGUCCUCGUCUUAUCGAGAUUUUUCGAUCCAAGAGAGGGAACAUUGGCCAAAUGUUGACACAGCUUUCCCAACAAACAAAGACUGCAGAGCCAACUGAUAUUCGAACACUGGUGCUCAGAGGACUUCCUGUUAUCCUUGGUGACAACCCCACAGACUUCUACAAACCAGCCUUUGACUCAGAUGAUGAUGACUCUUUCCGCAACAUUGACAUUGGGAUCCUCCUUGUUGAACCUGAAGGUGCUGUGCCCUCAUCCUCCCUGCAUCUCAGUCCAGCCUCACUAAAAUUGUCAUUGAGGGAGAAGUGGUGA